AUGGAUCCUAUUUAUUAUUUUGACUCAAUUAUUCUUCAUAAACAUCUUCCUACAAACAAGUUCUUUCUCUCUGUUCUCUCUCUUCUACCUACCUUCUCCUAUCAUAAACUUAAAGCAAGAAUCCUUCACAAAUCAAAGAUCAUUCCACUUAUUCUGCAGUAUACGACGCCGUUGACAUUUUCGGGAUCUUACAAGGACCGAGGAAGUGGAGGAGGUAGGGGUUCGGGUACUACAAGUUGUAGGGGGUCUACGGUGAGGCCAAGUUUAGACACGAACAAUCUUAUAAAGUUGUUCCACGGUUUGGAUUCAUUGAAACUCCAGCUUAAUCGAUUGGAAAUUGAAGUCACAGAUUAUGAUCGAGAACCGAGCGAAUCACAAUCUUAG